AUGGCGCAAGCUAGUAGAAUCUGCCAUGGCCUGCAAAACCCAAUCGCCAUCUCCUCCAACCUCUCGAAAUCCAACCAAAGCAAAUCGCCGUUAUCAGUCUCGCUCAAGUCGCAGCAGCCUCGAGCUUAUCCGAUUUCGUCGUGGGGACUGAAGAAGAGUGUGACGAUGCCGACGCUAAACUGCUCCAAAAUCCGUCCGGUGAGAGUAACGGCCUCUGUUUCCACGGCGGAGAAAGCGUCGGAGAUCGUCCUUCAACCAAUUCGACAAAUCUCGGGUCUCAUCAAGCUACCCGGAUCCAAGUCUCUCUCCAAUCGGAUCCUUCUUCUCGCCGCUCUCUCUGAGGGGACUACAGUGGUGGACAAUUUGUUGAACAGUGACGACAUCAACUACAUGCUCGACGCGUUGAAGAAACUAGGGCUUAACGUGGAAAUUGACAGCGGAAACAACCGCGCGAUUGUUGAAGGAUGUGGCGGGACAUUCCCAGCUUCCGUAGAUUCCAAGAGUGACAUCGAAUUGUACCUUGGCAACGCAGGAACAGCUAUGCGUCCUCUUACUGCUGCUGUCACUGCUGCUGGUGGCAACGCAAGCUAUGUUCUUGAUGGAGUGCCUCGGAUGAGAGAGAGACCUAUUGGUGAUUUGGUUGUUGGGCUUAAGCAGCUUGGUGCUGAUGUUGAAUGUACGUUAGGUACUGAUUGCCCUCCUGUUCGUGUCAACGCUAAUGGUGGCCUUCCCGGUGGAAAGGUGAAGCUUUCAGGAUCAAUCAGUAGUCAGUACUUGACUGCACUGCUCAUGGCAGCUCCGUUGGCUCUUGGAGACGUGGAGAUUAAGAUUAUUGAUAAGUUGAUCUCUGUGCCGUAUGUUGAAAUGACAUUGAAGUUGAUGGAACGUUUCGGUGUUAGCGCUGAGCAUAGUGAGAGCUGGGAUCGUUUCUUUGUCAAGGGAGGUCAGAAAUACAAGUCGCCUGGUAAUGCUUACGUGGAAGGAGAUGCUUCUAGUGCAAGUUAUUUCUUGGCUGGUGCUGCCAUUACAGGUGAAACUGUCACUGUUGAAGGUUGUGGAACAACCAGCUUGCAGGGUGAUGUGAAGUUCGCCGAGGUUCUUGAGAAAAUGGGAUGCAAAGUGUCUUGGACAGAGAACAGUGUGACUGUGACAGGUCCAUCUAGAGAUGCGUUUGGAAUGAGACACUUGCGAGCUGUUGAUGUGAACAUGAACAAAAUGCCUGACGUGGCCAUGACUCUUGCUGUUGUUGCUCUCUUUGCUGAUGGUCCAACCACCAUUAGAGAUGUGGCUAGCUGGAGAGUAAAGGAGACAGAAAGAAUGAUUGCCAUUUGCACUGAACUGAGAAAGCUUGGAGCUAGAGUGGAAGAAGGUUCAGAUUAUUGUGUGAUAACACCACCGGAAAAGCUGAAACCGGCGGAGAUUGAUACAUAUGAUGAUCACAGAAUGGCAAUGGCGUUUUCUCUCGCAGCUUGUGGUGAUGUUCCAGUGACCAUCAAGGAUCCAGGUUGCACCAGGAAGACUUUCCCAGACUACUUCCAAGUUCUUGAAAGAAUCACAAAGCACUAA